UGUCGGCAUAAUGGGUUCGCACAGCACUUUGAGCAAAGCUGGGGACGAGGCAUUGGAAGACGACGGAGUACGAGCAUUGUACGCACAUGGUGCAGCUCUUCUGACACCACGUGUGUUGUUUGCUCGUCGAUGCGUCUCCACCGAACUCGACAACGCCGAACCCCCACUUUUGCCUUCACUUCCAUCACACAAGGCCCAGAUUGAGACCCAAGCCUCGCCCGACCACCCUCUCACGCCAGCGCCAUACCAGCCAGAAACGGGCGAGCGUUGUCAGGAAAGACGGAAAGUCACGAGCGAGACCGCGACGGACGAGUUGGUAUCGUGUAUUCCAGACGGUUGGUGAGUUGGGUCGGUUGGUUUGUGCUCAGCAGCAGUUUUCUGGAAAGCAGAAGAAGGCCCGCAGACUGGCAGGGAAGGGUAGAAAAGAAGAGAAGAGGGUUUGAGAGGGCCAACUGCGACGGCGCAUCUGCUGCAGCUCCUGCGCGGCGGGAAGGAUGGAGGGAGGGGGUGACGAAGAGAGGAUGCAAGAAGUGGCGCCUGACUUAAACGGGACCCUGGAGGACAACGACGUGGACGAUGAAGAGCAGGGGCAGCAGGACGCCGCCGUGGACGACGAGCCCCAGCAUGCCGAUGAAGAGGAGCACACGGACGGAUUUCAAAACGGAGGGUCGGCGAAGGAUGCUAUGGAAGAGAUGGAUUUCCACGGCUCGCAAGGAAAAGCGUCAGGUUCAGGGGGGAAGAUUUUCAUCGGUGGUUUGUCAUGGGACACUUCCACAGACAAUUUGCAGAGUCACUUCAAGAAGUACGGCGAGAUCAUCGAUGCGGUGAUCAUGAAAGAUCGUUCUACUGGACAUCCCCGCGGGUUUGGAUUUGUGACAUUCGCUGAUCCAGAUGUGUGCGACAAAGUCGUGCUCGACAAGCAUGUGAUUGACGGAAGAACGGUGGAGGCCAAAAAGUCAGUUCCUCGUGAAAACUUGGCAACAAGUAAAGGACCGAAGACUAAGAAGAUCUUUGUCGGAGGCAUUCCUCCUUCUAUUACAGAUGAGGAGUUCAAAAGCUAUUUUGCUGGUUUCGGAAGCGUAAUGGAGCACCAAAUCAUGCAAGAUCACAGCACCGGCAGGUCACGUGGUUUCGGGUUCGUGACGUUCGACAGCGAGCAGGUGGUGGAGGAUAUUCUUGCUCACGGAAAGUUGCACGAGCUUGCAGGAAAGCAGGUGGAGAUCAAGAAAGCAGAGCCAAAACGAGCCAUUCAAGACAGUCCUGGUGCUGGAUACCCAGACGGCAGGAGUGGUGGGUAUGGUGCAGGCACAGGAGGCUAUGCAGGAUAUGAAGGGGGCUAUGGUAGCUCCAGCAGUGGCGGGUAUGGGGGAUCUUACAGGUCAGGAUAUGGAGGUAGAGGUGGAGGUUAUGGCGGGGGCUAUGGAGGGGGGUAUGGCGGAGGAUAUGGCUAUGGGGGUGGCUAUGGAGGAGAUUUGGGUGUGGGAGGAGGAUACGGUGGGAGUUCGGGGUAUGGGUCAGGCGGUGGAUACGGUGCUGGGAUGAUGGGUGGGUAUGGCGAUGGAGCCGAUGCAUAUGGGUCAAUGGGAUAUGGUGGGUACAGCGGUACAAGUGGUUACGGUGCAGGGUAUGGUUCAAGCGGUGGCUAUGGUGGAAGUUAUGCAAGCAGUCGUGGUUACAGCGGGAACGGUAGCGGUAGCAGCAGCCACGGACGGUACCACCCUUAUGGGAGGAGCUAGGUUUCUUUAGGCUCGGACGGUCGAGGGCAGUGAUUUAGAGAAGUUGACGACAUGCGGAGGCUGUGAAGUUAUUAGUCACCGAGGCAGGCGCUGCCCAAUGAACAAGAAGAUCGUUCUUUUAACUUGUAAUUUUGGGAGAAGACACUCACAUCGUCAGAGGACAAGUUAGUUGGGAGUUACCAAAAUUUUGUUUGUGUACUGAAACACGAAGGGAACAAUCUUAGUUUUACGUUCUUUGCUUGGCUGCACGUAGUUGAUGUGUACUAAAUCUGGUUUUUAGGAUAUUUUUGGAAAUCCAUAUGUAGAUGAACCAUCUUAGACACCAUCAGUUGGAAUUCAUGAUUUGAUUGCGACUUUUGUUUCAACUCGUUUCUUUAGUGUUGAAUUGGUUUAUAAGAGAGUCGAUGCACAUUUGUUGUAGAUGGUGAGUAAAGUGAUGUCUUGCAAAUUGCAAGAUUCUUUGUA